CGAUGGGCCCAACGAGGCUGGGGAAAGGCUGAGAGUGCUCUCUAUCUUUCUCUAAGCUUUCUCUCUUAGACAUUUUCUUUCCCUCUCUCAACUUCAUUUUUCCAAAAAUUUGAAAGAAUUCGCCCAAAUCCAGCAAACACGACUUACACGUAACUGGGGCAUGUCAUGAGGCAGUUUGGCACCUGGCUCAUUUGACUCCGGGCGCGUGUCCAAGUUUCUACGCUCAUAACUUGACUGGACCAAGACGCAACUCCCAUUCAAUCAGCGUCGAAAGAUGACUUUGUGUAAAUUCUUUCAGCAGGGCAACUGCAAAUUCGGCAAUAGUUGCCGAUUCGAACAUGUAAAUCCAAACAAUCGAAAUCAACCCUCGAACCGCUUCGGAGCUCUUGGAGGAGGGAGCAAUCAAAACCCAGCUGACAAAUACAACAUUACUACCGACACCAUCGAAAAGGAUUUGACGAACGAGGUUCCGCAAUGGAUCCUCUCGGCCUAUGCGCCAGGGCGAGAUGCUCCUGGUCAGCUCUUUGGCGGAUACCCGCGCGAACAGAGUUUUGAAGAGCUGCGGCUACAUUUCAUGAUGGGGAAAGCGUCGGGGAACGAACAGCAAGCUGUGAGCGCCCAUUCAAUUGGUUUCUACGCGACCGUCCAGACUGACCUAUAUUCGACCUUAGCUUAACGAAGCACAAGAGCUAUAUGCGCAGGCACAACAACAAAUGCAGACCGCUCUCCGCGAUGUUAAAGGGGCAAUUCAAUUUAUCGUAGGCGAAGAAAACAACCACCCGAAUCGGCACGAUAUUUGCAAACAGGGAACGCAAGGAGCCCCCUUUGGCGAAUUUCUUGUUGGGAAGCGACCCAAAUCGACAAUCGCUGAUACUGGCGCUCAGCCAACCCCGUUCGGGUCCAACAACAACAAUCCCUCAAGUCCUUUUGGUGGUGGCACAUCGACCGGUGGAAGCGCCUUUGGGCAGCCAUCGACUCUCGGCGCGAAACCAAGCGCGUUUGGUGCACCGUCCUUUGGUCAACCAUCGCAGCCAGCACAAGGAGGAGGCUCGGUCUUUGGUCAGCCAUCGCAACCUUCAGCGUUCGGACAACCAUCACAGUUGGGACAAACCGCCUCAGCAUUCGGCAAGCCAGCGCAAACCUCAGCCUUUGGCCAGCCGUCACAGCCAGGAUCUGCUUUUGGCCAAACUUCAGCUUUAGGCGCAAAGCCCAACCCGUUUGGCACACCAGCCUUUGGACAACCUUCGCAACCAAAUGCACAAGGCAGUGUCUUCGGCCAACCGUCACAACCAAAUACGCAAGGCAGCGCAUUCGGUCAACCGUCACAGCUAAACGUGCAGGGCAGUGCCUUUGGCCAAGCCAGCCAGCUUGGACAGAAACCGAGUCCCUUCGGAGCACCAAGUGGAACGAACAACAGCUCUAGCCCAUUCGGUGCCGUCGCAAAUAACAACAAUGCCCCUGCAGCGAACCCCUUUGGUGCUCCAAGUGGUAGUGCGACAACCAGUCAGCCUGCCAAUCCUUUCGGAUCCAACAAUAAUAACCAGAACAAUGCCCCGGUGAAUCCGUUUGGACAGCCUUCACAGCCUUCACAGCCUGCUCAGGGAAGCUCGCCAUUUGGCCAACCUUCAAAUGCUGUCACACCAGCAACGUCAACCCCAUUCGGUGCAUCUAACGCGACCUCGAAUCAACCUACAAACAGUCCAUUUGGCCAGCCUUCACAGACUCAGUCGAAUGGCUUUGCAUCGCAGAAUAACCAACCACCAGCGAGCAAUCCAUUUGGUCAACCCUCACAGCAGAAACCAGCGAAUCCUUUUGGCCAACCCUCCAACGCUGCACCAGCUGCCGCGAACCCGUUUGCUACAACACAAGCUCAAAACCCCCCAGCAGCAGCAGCAGCAGCCACUUCGACAGGCCCAUAUCCACCGAACAGUAGUAGACAGCAUCCGCCAAUUGAGAGCUAUAGCUCAAAAGGCAUGGAUGGACGGCUAUUAAUGUUCAAGGGCAAAUCAGUCAUUUACAAGGACGGCAAACCCGGAAUCCGAGAAUUUGACGGGACAUGGCGGCGGAUUUGGUUCCCAGAUGGUCCUCCUGCAUUCUCAGCGGAUACAGAAUUGCCCCCUGAGAUGUACGACGACAAGUCCAAGGCUCAGUGGAUGGCCUUCGCACAGACUGGAACCUUUGAGGGUGGCCUGAUGCCCGAACUACCGCCUCCGCGAGAAUGUACACUAUGGGACUUCUAGCCAAGGAGUCAAGUCGAGUCAGUUCACAACUUGUUUUAUAUAUGAUGUGGAGAUGAAGAGUCGGGGAUGAAUAGAUGGCGUUAGACGAUUCAGGAGAAUGCAUUAAUUGGCGUUGUGUAUAAUCAUUGGGGAUGCUUGGAUGCAUAAUCUAGACAGUAAAAGAAACAAUUUCACGAGAUAAGCAAAGUGAAGGAUGGUACCAGAUUCAGUGCAUUUUUAUUAAGUUGCUGUGUGGUUUUGAUACAGCUGGCCCCACUUCAAGUGAUGAAAUGACAUAAGAG